ACAACAUUUUGUAUAACCAAAAGCAGUAGAAGAUUAAGUACAAAUAAAAUCUCAUCAUUGCAUCAAACCGGAAAAUUGAACCGGAGAUGAAGAUGGGUUUUCUCUUUCUAUUCUGUUAUCUUCUUGCGUUUCUUGGCUAUUCUCCGGUGGAUGCGGCGGUGAAGAAGUACCAAUUCGAUGUUCAAGUGAAGAACAUAAGCCGGAUAUGCAAUGCUAAACCGAUUGUCACGGUUAAUGGAAUGUUCCCUGGACCGACGGUUUACGCAAGAGAAGGUGAUCGAGUCAUCAUCAACGUAACCAACCAUGUACAAUACAACAUGUCCAUCCAUUGGCAUGGGCUUAAACAGUACCGGAACGGUUGGGCAGAUGGUCCAGCAUACAUAACUCAGUGUCCGAUCCAAACAGGACAGAGUUACCUUUAUGAUUUCAAUGUGACCGGACAACGCGGGACCCUCUGGUGGCACGCACACAUCCUCUGGCUACGAGCCACCGUCUACGGAGCUAUUGUUAUCUUGCCUGCACCGGGAAAACCGUAUCCGUUCCCACAGCCAUACCAAGAAUCUAACAUAAUCCUCGGAGAAUGGUGGAACAAAGACGUUGAGACUGCGGUUAACCAAGCCAACCAAUUGGGUGCACCGCCUCCGAUGUCGGAUGCUCAUACCAUUAACGGAAAACCUGGACCGCUAUUUCCAUGUUCCGAGAAACACACGUUCGUCAUAGAGGCCGAAGCGGGUAAAACAUAUCUUCUAAGGAUUAUCAACGCAGCUUUAAACGACGAGCUAUUCUUCGGGAUUGCGGGACACAACAUGACCGUGGUGGAAAUCGAUGCGGUCUACACUAAACCAUUCACAACCAAAGCCAUUUUACUCGGACCAGGUCAAACCACUAAUGUUUUAGUCAAAACCGACCGGUCACCAAACCGCUACUUCAUGGCAGCUAGUCCGUUUAUGGACGCUCCUGUAUCCGUAGACAACAAAACAGUAACCGCUAUUCUUCAAUACAAAGGCGUACCAAACACGGUCUUACCAAUCCUACCAAAGCUUCCUUUGCCUAACGACACAUCAUUUGCUUUGGACUAUAACGGAAAGCUCAAGAGCCUCAACACACCGAAUUUUCCGGCUCUUGUUCCUUUAAAAGUCGACAGGCGAUUGUUCUACACGAUCGGGCUAGGCAUUAACGCGUGCCCGACUUGUGUUAACGGGACAAAUCUCGCAGCUUCUAUAAACAAUAUCACAUUCAUUAUGCCCAAAACUGCACUCUUGAAAGCACAUUACUCCAACAUCUCAGGUGUUUUCAGGACUGAUUUCCCAGACCGACCACCCAAAGCGUUUAACUACACCGGUGUGCCGCUCACGGCUAACCUUGGAACAUCAACGGGGACAAGACUUAGCCGAGUUAAGUUCAAUACUACAAUUGAGCUCGUCUUGCAAGACACCAAUCUCCUAACCGUUGAGUCACACCCUUUCCAUCUUCAUGGCUACAACUUCUUUGUCGUUGGAACCGGUGUUGGAAACUUUGAUCCCAAGAAAGAUCCUGCUAAGUUCAAUCUCGUUGACCCGCCUGAGAGAAACACCGUUGGAGUACCUACCGGUGGUUGGGCUGCCAUCAGAUUCAGGGCUGAUAAUCCAGGUGUUUGGUUUAUGCACUGUCACUUGGAAGUCCAUACAAUGUGGGGUUUGAAGAUGGCUUUCGUCGUCGAGAACGGGGAAACACCUGAGCUUUCCGUUCUACCACCGCCUAAAGACUAUCCGUCCUGUUAAGAAUCUGAGAUGGGAACACUACUCUGAUUCUUCGUCUUUAUUUGUUAAGUUUCGCUGAUGAUAUUCUUUGUUGAUUGUAUUUCCCUUCUGUUGAUUUGUGUCUGAGAUUGUUUCCUAUGGGGCUGCAUAACAUAAUACACCCCGAAAUUGCAUAAGAAAUGAAAUUAAUUUUCUCUG